AUACAUAACAAUUGAAUGCAAUAUUAAAUGAGAGAAACGUGUGUUACAUAUGAUGUGAUAUUUUUAUACAAUUUUGUUGACAAUUAGUGUCCGAUUAGUUCCCGACAAUGAGUACGGUAUUGGAGAAAAUCGCCGCAAUUGAGGCCGAGAUGGCCCGAACCCAGAGGAAUAAGGCAACGAUGGGUCACUUGGGUCUUCUGAAGGCACGAUUGGCUAAACUUCGGCGCGAAUUAAUUACACCGAAAGGAGGCGGUGGACCAACAGGAGAGGGCUUCGAUGUGGCCAAGACUGGAGAUGCGCGCAUAGGUUUUGUCGGCUUUCCAUCUGUCGGGAAAUCUACACUUCUGACCACUUUAGCCGGCGUUUACUCCGAAGUGGCCGCCUAUGAGUUUACUACUUUGACCACUGUUCCCGGAGUAAUCAAAUAUAAGGGCGCGAAAGUCCAGCUUUUGGAUCUUCCGGGUAUUAUAGAGGGUGCUAAAGAUGGUAAAGGAAGAGGUCGACAGGUGAUAGCUGUGGCGCGUACUUGUAGUUUGAUUUUUAUUGUGUUGGAUGUGUUAAAGCCGUUGCAACAUAAAAAGCUCAUUGAGAAAGAAUUAGAGGGUUUCGGUAUUAGACUGAACAAAGAUCCGCCACAACUGACAGUCCGUAAAAAGGAUAAGGGAGGCAUCAAUUUGCAGUGUUUGGUACAACAAUCGGAGUUGGAUUUGGAUACAGUCAAGACAAUACUCGCCGAGUAUCGUAUACACAACGCCGACGUCUUUAUCAAAUAUGACGCCAAUUCAGAUGACUUGAUUGACGUGAUUGAGGGCAACCGGAUCUAUACGCCGUGUAUUUAUGUGCUCAAUAAAAUUGAUCAGAUUUCGGUAGAAGAGUUGGAUAUCAUUUAUCGGAUCCCACAUACUGUGCCCAUCUCAGCCCAUCACAAGUGGAACUUCGAUGACUUACUGUACAAAACAUGGGAUUAUCUAAAACUUCAGCGAAUUUAUACCAAACCUAAAGGACAAUUACCCGAUUAUGAAUCGCCAGUUAUAUUGAGUCAGGACAGGAAAUCUGUUGAAGAUUUUUGUAAUAAACUUCAUAAGAGUAUUAUGAAGGAGUUUAAAUAUGCAUUAGUUUGGGGGACAUCUGUCAAACACAACCCUCAAAAGGUUGGCAAAGAUCACGUACUCAAUGAUGAAGAUGUCGUACAAGUAGUUAAAAAGAUUUAAAAAUGGUAAAGCAAUUUCUUAAUUUAAGAUAUUUUGUAAAAUAUUUGCGAAAAUAAAAGUUU